AUCCCGGAUGGGCGGAGCUAAGUAGGAGGAAGCGCUAACAGCCGCUGACAGCUUGUAGGAACCGGCGUCGAAUAUCGAGUCAUUCAUCACUUUCUUCGCCGCUGGAGGAGUGAGAGAACAGCGACCAGGCAACACACUUUGUCACCCUGAAAUAUUUAUCGACACGCUAUCGGACGUGCAAGCCGAGCAACACUUGUAUGCUGCAUUUGUUUCUAGAAGCGCCCACGGACACUUCGCGGGUAAACGGCGGCGGGAUGGAGACGCAGAUCCGUGUGCCGGUGGGCUCGCCGCUCAUACGAAGAAUUCCAAUUUUUGUGGACGAGCACAACGUGACGGAGGGCGCGAUGAAGCUCGUUAAAGAGCUGAGACCUGCGUGGGGGAAGGACUGCGUCAAGACCAAGUUCUUCACUGAUGGGACAACCAACAAACUGGUAGGCUGCUAUGUGGAGGACAGUCCGGAAGACGUGGUCCUCGUCAGAGUAUACGGGAACAAGACUGAGCUAAUUGUCGACCGAGACAAUGAGCUCAAAAGCUUUCAGGUGCUGCAUGCAAACGGUUGUGCUCCUCGUCUCUACUGCACCUUUCAAAAUGGCAUCUGCUACGAAUUCAUGCAGGGGGAUGCUCUUGGGACACAAGACGUCAGGGAUCCUUCUUUACUCAGACUUAUAGCGAAGGAGAUGGCUCGUAUCCAUGCAAUCCAUGCACAUAAUGGAUGCAUCCCUAAACCCAACCUCUGGAUUAAAAUGAGAAAAUACUUUUCACUUGUGGCUACAGAGUUCACAGAACAAGCAUCCAACAUCAGAAUCCAGAAGGAAGUGCCUAGCAAGGAGGUGCUGGAGCAGGAAAUUGUGUGGAUGAAAGAGCAUCUCUCUACACUGGGUUCGCCUGUGGUGCUCUGUCACAACGAUCUGCUCUGCAAGAACAUUAUUCACAACAGCAAAGAGGCUCAUGUCCGCUUUAUAGACUACGAAUAUUCCAGUUACAACUACCAGGCCUUCGACAUUGGAAACCACUUCAAUGAAUUUGCAGGCAUGGCAGAGCUGGAUUAUGGGUUGUACCCAAGUCGGGAGAUUCAGAUGGACUGGCUCAAAAUCUACCUGCAAGCUUAUAAACUUUACACUAAGAAAACUGAGGAGGUCAGUGUCCAAGAGCUUGAGACACUGUACGUGCAGGUCAACAAGUUUGCUUUGGCUUCACACUUCUUUUGGGGUUUCUGGGCCCUCAUUCAGGCUAAAUACUCCUCCAUUGACUUUGACUUCCUCGGGUACGCUGUGUUGCGUUUCAACCAAUACUUCAAGAUUAAGCCCACAGUGAUGGCCUUACAGAUUCCAGAGUGACAGGAUGGAAGGACGUCUGGGUUCUUCUACUGAGCCCAGCACAUUUUCUGGACCAUCAAAUGUUCUACAUGGCACUUUUCUCUUCAGCAAGCCUUAAACUCUCCUUCAUUCCUCCUUGAAGUAGCUCAAAUGUGUCUAGCUUGAGAGCUUUCUGAGAUGAGUGUGGAUGUUUGUGUGCGUGUUAAACUUUAAACGCCGGUUUGUCCUCUUUCCAGGCGACUGAGCCCAGUGCAGAGUCUUGAGUUUGGGAGACAUCUCACUGGCUAUUUGCUGUCACUUCCUGGUAGUCAAAUCCACUGGAGAAGUUCCUCUGAUUGGUUUGAUGCUAAUUGCAACAAACAUCAAUACAGAUUUUCCACUGAAAGGUACUCAGACCAAUGCAGUGGAAAAGUGUUGUGUAGCAUCUUUAGUGCUGAAUGCACUAUGAUCCAGUGCCUCAGCAGCUAUUAAGAAGUAGUGGAAACUGAACGGUUACAUUUGUGUGGGAUUUCUCAGACUCAAGACGAGAGUCUGUGUGGUGACACUGGUUCAGGUGUCAUCCGUUACCUCCUCUCUGGUGCUCUUAGCAGUUUAAGCUGAACUGCUGUUGCUUGUCACUGUCGGGUUUUUCCUUGAAUUUUGGGAAUAUGGAAGAGAAAAUAGUUUAUUUGCUUAUUUAUUUCAGGACUAAAUGGAUUGUUCAACAUCUCAGGUUCAGUUUUGGGAUGCACUAGGUUUGAUUGGACUUAUCCGACCCUCACGACCCCUUGCUUCCUUCCACACCUUCUUGACUUUUAUGGUCGCUUUGAGCCGCUUUGUUGAACUUUCCAUCUAAACUUUCCAUGGAAAAUCACCACCUCUUUCACUUUGACUUCAUACUCAAACCCCAAAAUGCUGUCAACCUUUUGACUUGAUCACAGACACGUUUGAAUAAUGACUCCAAGUCAGGUGGAUUUUGAAUGCAAUCAGCAGGAAAAAUACAGUAUGAUUGGGAAAAAACACAAACGUGUCAAUUUUGAAUCGUGGCUGCUUUUUGUUUUAUGUUCGGUUUCCUCAUUAAUGUGAAUUUUUUUUUCUUUUUUUUCCAUUCCAAACCUAAGAAAGGGACAGUUACCGGAUUUCCAGAAAACUAAACCGUUGAGUACAGGUGAAAUAUAAAAGAUUACAAUGUUGUGUAAAAGUCCAUUCAUGUAAAAAUUUGACUUCAAAUGUUAAAAUGUGCGAUAAACUCAUUAAAUGCAAAGUAUGUCAAGCUUUUCACCAGCAGGAACAAGACAUUGAAACAACGUUUCAAACAACUCAAAACUUAACAUUGGAUCAACAUGCUUUUUGUCCACGUUUCCAAGUUGGGUUCUGAUGGUGAGUUGACUGUUGAAUUUUGGUCUUUUGCUCACCAGUAUUCAAUAACACAAAGACAAAGUUGAAAUAACAUGCUUUUUGACAAUGUUUAUUUAAUGUCAGGUUGAGACUUUAAAUUGAACAUUGACAUUUGGUUCUUCCCGACCAACAACGUCAAUCCAACGUUGGACAUCAGCAUUGUCUCAAUUUACGAAUACAACUAUUUUGCAGUGUUGUUUCAAAGUCUGUUUUAAAGGACAUGUACCGUGUUUUUGGACUAUAAGUUGCGUUUUUUUUCAUAGUUUGGCCGGGGGUGCGACUUAUACUCAGGAGGGACUUAUGUGUGAAAUUAUUAACACAUUACCGUAAAAUAUCAAAUAAUAUUAUUUAGCUCAUUCACGUAAGAGACUAGACGUAUAAGAUUUCAUGGGAUUUAUCGAUUAGGAGUGGCAGAUUGUUUUGUAAACGUAUAGCAUGUUUUAUAUAUUAUAACCCACUCAGUGGCCUAGUGGUUAGAGUGUCCGCCCUGAGAUGGGUAGGUCGUGAGUUCAAACCCCGGCCGAGUCAUACCAAAGACUAUACAAAAUUGGGACCCAUUACCUCCCUGCUUGGCACUCAGCAUCAAGGCUUGGAAUUGGGGGUUAAAUCACCAUAAAUGACUGCCAGGCGUGGCACCGCUGCUGCCCACUGCUCCCCUCACCUCCCAGGGGGUGAUCAAUGCAGAGGACAAAUUUCACCACACCAAGUGUGUGUGUGACAAUCAUUAGUACUUUAACUUUAUAGUUAUUUGACUGACUCUUACCAUAAUAUGUUAGGUUAACAUAGCAGGUACCUUCUCAGUUGGUUAUUUAUGCCUCAUAUAACCUACACUUAUUCAGCCUGUUGUUCACUAUUCUUUAUUUAAUUUAAUUUGCCUUUCAAAUGUCUAUUCUUGGUGUAGGGUUUUAUCAAAUAGAUUUCCCCCGAAAAUGCGACUUAUACUCCAGUGCGAGUAUAUAUAUAUAUAUAUAUAUAUAUAUAUAUAUACAGUAUAUAUAUAUAUAUAUAUAUAUAUAUAUAUAUAUAUAUAUACAUAUAGAUUUUUUUUUUUCGUUCUUUAUUAUGCAUUUUCGGCAGGUGUGACUUAUACUCCGGAGCGACUUAUGUUCUGAAAAAUAUGGUAUGUAUAAUCAACGCUGUAUCAAUGUCUUGUGCCUGCUGGGUUAAUUUUUUUUUUUUAAUCAUUUUGAUGAUCAUCGUUUACAGUUUUGACAACCCACAAUUUUCAAUUUGAGUUUUUUCCAAAUUAUAAGCCAUAAUAAUUCAAAUUAAAUCAAACAAAGUCUUGAAAUAUCUUGAGUUGCAUGUUAUGAGCUUAUGUCAUAUGCCAUUUUGUAAACUUAAUUGCUGGUAUGAACGAACCAUUACUCGAUAUUCUUUUUUUUUUUUUUGUUUCACCUGUAUCUGAUUAAUUUAAUCAAUUAUUAAAUUUUUGUUCACUCUUGUUAUUUUGGGUUAAAACUAACCCUAGUGUAGUUUUUAUGCGGGUGCAGUUGGUUGGAAGCGUGAAGCAGGGACCAGACAUAACGAGAGAUCAUUCUCAGUACGCUUGCUCUAUACUUUUUCUGAACUCCAACCGAGCCCCACAAAAUCGAUGGCUAAUAUAUUUUUGAUCCAGACCAGAAAAGUAGUGUGAAUGCACCCGGUAGCACAUCUAAAAAUAACCAUCACACCACAAUUACACAAUUAAUUAAUUGACAUCUCUGUUCUAAUUUUUUUAAAGCAAUCUCAAAUCCCUCUGCAUCAACUCUGUGACCAUUUGUCAAUCCCGAGAAGUUUUUUUCUGAGUACAGAAAGUAAAACGAACUGAACUAUUGGAUAUGAGAAGACAAUACACUCAAACAAGGAGAGGCAUCGCACUCUUAUUGAGCUUUAACCCUCAGCUCUGAACUUGUAAUGGACCGAGUUGAAUAAUUUACCAGGUGAGCUUCAGUUCCUCACUCCUGUAUCACAGGAAAUAUAAAAGUUAUUGACCAAAGGUAACUAGCUACAGGAUUUUUUCUUGGUAACCUGCUAAGAUUUGCAGACAAAUAAAACAUAUUAAAAGAUCAUGCUUUUGCACUAAACAAUGUUUAUCACUGAUAUAAAGGGGCUUGCAAAAGUAUUCACUCAUCUUGAACCUGUCCAUUUUUUGUCACAUUACAACCUAUCCAUCAAUCCAUUUUCUACCAUUUGUCCCUCUCAGGGUCACAAGGACAAGCAUGAAUAUGUUUUAUGUGAAAGACCAACAUAAAAUAGUAUACCAUUUGAAAAUGAAAGAAAAUAAUACGGUAUGGCUUUUUUUUUUUUUUUUUACAAAGACAAUUUUUGCACCUCUAGUGACAGAAAUGUUUGGCCAUUCUUAUUUGCUAAAAAGCUCAAGUCAGAUUAGAAGGAGAGCAUUCGUGAAAAACAGUUUUCAGAUCUUGCCACAUAUUUUCAUUGGGUUUAGGUCUGGACUUUGACUGGGCCAUUCUAAUACAUGAAUGUUUUGUUUUAAACCAUUCCCUUGUAGACCUCCAUUUAGAUGAACAUCCACCCCAGUCUCAAGUAUUCUGCAGACUCCAUUCAAUCAGUCAAAGUUUAUUUAUGUAGCCCUUAAUCACAAAUGCCUCAAAGGGCUGCAUAAACCACAACAUCCACUGCUCUGAUCCCACAUCAGGGCAAGAAAAAAACUUAAGCCAAUGGGAACAAUGAGAAGCCUUGGUAGGGACCGCAGAUGUGGGGCUUCCACUGAGGUAGUAUCUCUAACUGGAGCCCGACUAGAAAAUACUCUUGUAGCUCGCAGGAUCUGGGAAUCACUAAUAAACCGGAGUUCUUAGAAAGCAGAUUUCUGGCCGGGACAUAUGGUACACUACAAUCAGAUAGGAUGGAGCUAGACCGUUAAUUAUUUUUUACGUAAGUCGUAAAACCAUAAAGUCACAUCUUAAGUGCACAGGAAGCCAGUACAGGUGAGCCAGUAUAGGUAUAUAUGUAUGUAUAUAUGUAUAUAAAGGUAUAUACAGUAUAGGUAUAUAUGUAUGUAUAUAUGUAUAUAAAGGUAUAUACAGUAUAGGUAUAUAUGUAUGUAUAUAUGUAUAUAAAGGUAUAUACAGUAUAGGUAUAUAUGUAUUUAUAUAUGUAUAUAAAGGUAUAUACAGUAUAGGUAUAUAUGUAUGUAUAUAUGUAUAUAAAGGUAUAUACAGUAUAGGUAUAUAUGUAUGUAUAUAUGUAUAUAAAGGUAUAUACAGUAUAGGUAUAUAUGUAUAUAAAGGUAUAUACAGUAUAGGUAUAUAUGUAUGUAUAUAUGUAUAUAAAGGUAUAUACAGUAUAGGUAUAUAUGUAUGUAUAUAUGUAUAUAAAGGUAUGUACAGUGCAGGCGUAAUAUGAUCAAACUUUCUUGUUCUUGUCAAAAGUCUAGCAGCCGCAUUUUUUACCAACUGAAAUCUUUUAAUGUUAGACAUGGGGAGACCUGAAAAUAAUACGUUGCUUACAAAAUGUAACAAAUACAUGAAUAAUGAUCUCAACGUCGUAUUGGACAAAAUGGGACGGAUUUUAGCGAUAUUACCGAGAUGGAAGAAGGCUGUUGUAGUAACAAUCUCCAAACAGGUUUUCUUCCAAGAUUUCCUUCUAUUUAGCUCCAUCCAUCUUCCCAUCAUCUAUGACCAUUUUCCCUGUCUCUGCUAAAAAGAAACAUCCCCACAGCAUGAUGCUGCCACCACCAUUAUUGACAGUAGGGAUGGUGUGUUCAGAGGUAUGUGCAGUGUUGGUUUUCUGCCACACAUUUUGCUUUUUUUUUUCAUUCAGUUCAAUUUUGGUCUGGUGUGACCAAAGCAGCUUCUCCCACAGGUUUACCGUGUCCCCAACAUGGCUUCUGGCAAACCUCUUGUGGUUUUAUUUAAACAAUAGCUUUCUUCGUGCCACUCUUACAUAAAAAAAACCCACAUCUGCACAGUGCAUGACUAAUAGAUGUCCUCUGGACAGAUUCCCCUACCUGAGGGGUGGAUCACUGCAAUUGGUUCAGAGUCACCGUGGGUCACUUGGCUUUAUUUCUGAUCAGUGCUCUCCUUGUUCGGUCUGUAAGUUUAGGUGGAUGGUCUUGUCUUGUAGGAAGUCUACCAUGAUGGAAAACUUUUUAUAGCCUAAGCCUGUUUUAAACUUCUCCACAACUCUAUGUCCAACCUGUUCUGUGUGUUCCUUGGACUUCAUAAUGCUGUAUGCGCUCCAAAAUUCUCUGAACCAACCUCUGAGGCUGUGACACAGCAGCUGUACUUGAAAAGCGCUAUAUAAAUAUAUAAUUCACUUCACUACUGAGAAGAGAUUGCAGACGUGUGGACUGUUUUGAUUCAUUAGCAACCGUCAGGCAACUUUUGAAGGCAAUUAGAGAAACUGGGACUGAGUACUUUUGUCUGAGUACUGAUGCACAUUCUGUGUUGAUCUUUCACAUGAAAUUCCAAUACAAUCUGUUUGUGUUUGUAAUGUGACAAAUCAUGGAAAAGUUUUGCAAGCCAAUAAUUCAUAGCAAAGUGGAUUAGUUGAUUUAGAAUAUUUUAGAGUAAGUUUGUGUCAUCAGUUUAGUUCAGUCCAAAUUUAAAUGAAAUCAUAUUUAACCUUCUGGUUACAUUCAAUUUUAAUCGUCUUUUUUUGCUAGAACUUCAGUCCAAAACCAAAAUAUUAAACAUGUAUGUUUAUUUAUUUACCCUUUUGAAGGCCUAUUGAUCGGCCAAUGACUUAGGUUUAAAGGGAACAUUAUCAGCAGACCUAUGUAAGCGUCAAUAUAUACCUUGAUGGUGCAGAAAAAAGACCAUAUAAUUUUUUAACCGAUUUCCGAACUCUAAGUGGGUGAAUUAAGGCGAAUUAAAAACCUUUCUGUUCAUCGCUCUGGAGGGGGUGACGUCAGAAUGUGACGUCGCCGAGGUAAUACAGCCGCCAUUUUCAUUUUUAACCCAUUGUAAACAUUGGGUCUCAGCUCUGUUAUUUUCCGUUUUUUCGACUAUUUUUUGGGACCUUGGAGACAUCAUGUCUCUACGGUGUUUUGUUGGAGGGUGUAACAACACUAACAGGGAGGGAUUCAAGUUGCACCGAAGAUGUGAAAGUGUCUGCUGCCAGACCCCCAUUGAAUGUACCAAAGUGGCUCCACAUUUUACCGGCGAUGACAGACAUGGCACAGAGAUGUAUGGAUAACCUGCAGAUGCAUUUGCAACCAUUAAGUCAAUGAAAUCACAAAGAUGAGUUUUGUUGUUGACUUGUGUGCUAAUCAGACAUAUUUGGUUGCGGCGUGACUGCCAGCUAAUCGAUGCUAACAUGUUCCGCUAAUCGAUGCUAACAUGCUAUUUACCACGAUGACGGACAUGGCACAGAGAUGUAUGGAUAACCUGCAGAUGCAUUUGUAACGAUAAAUUCAACGAAAUCACAAAGGUGAGUUUUGUUGAUGUUGUUGACUUAUGUGCUAAUCAGACAUAUUUGGUCGCGGUGUGACUGCCAGCUAAUCGAUGCUAACAUGCUAUGCUAAUCGACGCUAACAUGCUAUUAACCGGCGGUGCUAAAGCAGACAUGGCACAGAGAUGUAUGGAUAACCUGCAGAUGCAUUUGUAACGAUAAAGUCACAGAAAUCACAAAAGUGAGUUUUGUUGAUGUUGACUGCCAGCUAAUCGAUGCUAACAUGCUAUUUACCGGCGGUGCUAAAGCAGACAUGGCACAGAGAUGUAUGGAUAACCUGCAGAUGCAUUUGCAACUAUAUUACGUUUCCUUCCACCCACAUUUAAUGCGAAACAAACACUUACCAAUCAACGGAUUUAAGUUGCUCCAGUGUCACAAGAUGCGAAAGUCCUGAUCGUUUGGUCCGCACAUUUUACCGGCGAUGCUAACGCAGCUAUUCGGCCAUGCUAUGGCUAUGAAUAGCGUCAAUAGCUAUUCGCUCAAUAGCUUCAGUUUCUUCUUCAAUACUUUCAUACUCCAACCAUCUGUUUCAAUACAUGCGUAAUCUGUUGAAUCGCUUAAGUCGCUGAAAUCCGAGUUUGAAUCCGAGCUAAUGUCGCUAUAUCUUGCUGUGGUAUUCCCAUUGUUUGUUUACAUUGGCAGCACUGUGUGACGUCACAGGGAAAUGGAUAGUGGCAUCGCAAAUAGGGAAAAUCAAGCACUUUAAAGCUUUUUUUAGGGAUAUUCGGAGACCGGUAAAAUUUUGAAAAAAACUUCAAAAAAUACAACAUGCCACUAGGAACUGAUUUUUAUUGUUUUUAACUCUUUUGAAAUUGUGAUAAUGUUCCCCUUUAAAUGAGGGAAACAACUCAUGCUAGACCAAUGUUUACUCGUGUAACACAUUGGAAUCAGUUGAUUACAGAGCCUUCAAAAAAUUACAAUAACUUUUGAUGUUUGGUAUUUUUGUUUAGAACUGAAGUUGACAGACAUAUGAUCAAAAAUGUAUUGAAAGAAAUCUAAAAUGUUUUAAUGCUUUCUGUAAAAUGAAGGACAUUCAUGUCUGUUUGGUUUUGGAAUAUUGUGCAAUAACUGCCAGUGUAUCAUUCACCUGUGACAGGAUUGGGCAUGACCAUUUUAACUAACAAGAAAGUAACACUCAUGAAAAUUCAGGUUUAAUGAAUUAACAACCAACACUACGAUAUAUUACAUGUAAUUAUUAUAUCGAAGAUUUAACAUCGCUUUUAUUGAAGACUCUUCGACAAAUACUUUGACGAGCAGAGAGGGUGGAGCCAAGCUGACACUUGGUACUUUGCCACGAGUCCUUUUGGUAAAUUUUUUUUUUGCAGCAUUGCUCAGUUAAUAAAAAGCACAGACUAACUCACCAAAGAUUGAAUUCUGUGUUUAGGGACUCGAUUCCUUGGAAUGAUUGGUGAGAAAAUGGACUACUUUAUGUGCAAUGUUUGGCCGUCCAAUAACAGACGGCAUAUGAAAGCUGCAGCAAAAUUGUGCACGGGGAAGAAAGGUACACUGUAUAUUUUCCUUCUUUUACAUCAACUAUCAUCACGUUUUUGGAUGGUUAAAAAAAAAACAUUUAUAAGUCAUUGUCUUUUUGGUACAUUUUGAGAUUCGUUAAAAACCCAGAUUUGGUGAAUUUGACAACUUGUUUGUACACUGGCAGAAUGUCACUAAUGGUUAGCGUGUGUGUUUGCUUUUGAUGUGAUGACUCUGACUUGAUUUUUAAGAAUCACUGUACAGACAAAGGAUUUUUCCUUAAUCUGUUAUUUUACUUUUUUGGUAAAAUGCUUUGCCUUGACAUGUAGAUAGUUGUUUACUAGACAUGUUGCAGGCUUGUACAUGAAAAAUGUACCUAAUGUCCGUGCUGCUGCGUUAAAAAAAUGGAAGUAAAAUAGCGUCUAAAAACCGGUGAAAAUGUUUCUGUAAAUAUCCUACAAGUGAUCCUUCACACGCCUCUAGGACUUGCAAAAUGUAUUUAACAAUCGAUUGCUGUUACUUAUUAAUAUAUAGAAAUUAAAACACUUUACAAGUGUGUCUGUCAUUUUAAGCCUUCCAAACACAUCUUUUUUCCUGCAUUACUUAUAAUAAAACAUUGCAUUUUGAAA